CCGGGCCCCGGGCCGCCCCGCCCCCGGCCCCGCCUGCGCUGACCCGAGUCGCGUCUGGGCUGCCGAGAGCCGCCGCCAGCCGCCGCCAUGGGCCGGGCCCGGCCGGGCGAGCGCGGGCAGCGCAGCCCCAGCCCCGGCCCCGGGCCCGCCGAGCCGCCGCGCCGCCGCGCCCGCACCCGCGCCCUGGCGCUGCUCGGAGCCCUGGUGGCCGCCGCCGCCGCCGCCGCCGCUGCCCGGGCCUGCGCCCGCCACGCCGAGGCCCAGGCGGCCGCGCGGCAGGAAUCUGCACUGAAGGCCCUGGGGACAGACGGACUUUUCCUCUUUUCUUCCCUGGACACUGAUCGGGAUAUGUACAUCAGCCCGGAGGAGUUCAAACCCAUUGCUGAGAAGCUGACAGGGUCAACUCCUGCAGCCAGCUACGAGGAGGAGGAGCUUCCCCCCGACCCCAGUGAGGAGAUACUCACGAUAGAAGCCCGAUUCCAGCCUCUGCUCCCAGAGACCAUGACCAAGAGCAAAGAUGGGUUUCUAGGGGUCUCUCGUCUCGCGCUGUCUGGCCUCCACAACUGGACAACCGCAGCCUUGCCAAGUGCAGUGUUUGCCGCCCGCCACUUCCAGCCCUUCCUUCCCCCUCCAGGCCAGGAGCUGGGCGAACCAUGGUGGAUCAUCCCCAGUGAGCUGAGUGUCUUUACUGGCUAUUUGUCCAACAACCGUUUCUACCCACCACCACCCAAGGGCAAGGAGGUCAUCAUCCACCGGCUUCUGAGCAUGUUCCACCCUCGGCCCUUUGUGAAGACCCGCUUUGCCCCUCAGGGGGCUGUGGCCUGCCUGACGGCCAUCAGCGACUUCUACUACACUGUAAUGUUCCGGAUCCACGCCGAAUUCCAGCUCAGCGAGCCACCCGACUUCCCCUUUUGGUUCUCCCCUGGCCAGUUCACUGGCCACAUCAUCCUCUCCAAAGAUGCCACCCAUGUUCGUGACUUCCGGCUCUUCGUGCCCAACCACAGGUCUCUGAAUGUGGACAUGGAGUGGCUAUAUGGGGCCAGUGAAAGCAGCAACAUGGAGGUGGACAUCGGAUACAUACCCCAGAUGGAGCUGGAGGCCAUAGGCCCCUCAGUGCCCUCCGUGAUCCUGGACAAAGAUGGCAACGUGAUCAAUAGCCACCUUCCCUCCGGGGAGCCCCUCCAGUUUGUGUUUGAGGAGAUCAAGUGGCAGCAGGAGCUGAGCUGGGAGGAGGCCGCCCGGCGCCUGGAGGUGGCCAUGUACCCCUUCAAGAAGGUCACCUACCUGCCGUUUACCGAGGCCUUCGACCGAGCCAAGGCUGAGAAUAAGCUGGUACACUCGAUCCUGCUGUGGGGGGCCCUGGACGACCAGUCCUGCUGAGGUUCAGGGCGGACUCUCCGGGAGACGGUCCUGGAAAGUUCGCCCAUCCUCACCCUCCUCAAUGAGAGUUUUAUCAGCACCUGGUCCCUAGUGAAGGAGCUGGAGGACCUGCAGAACAACCAGGAGAACCCGUCCCACAGGAAGCUGGCUAGCCUGCACCUGGAGAAAUACAGCUUCCCCGUGGAGAUGAUGAUCUGCCUGCCCAAUGGCACUGUGGUCCAUCACAUCAAUGCCAACUACUUCCUGGACAUCACCUCUAUGAAGCCUGAGGACAUCGAGAACAACAUCUUCAGCUUCUCGUCCACCUUUGAAGACCCGUCCACAGCCACCUACAUGCAGUUCCUAAAGGAGGGACUCCAGCGGGGCCUGCCCCUCCUCCAGACCUAGCGUGUCUACUGGGCAAUGUCAUGGACAAGCCCUCACGCCCCAGGGCCAGAGUGGUCCUCGGCACAUUUCAGCCUACAGACACUGCCCUCCCCCACCCCACUCAUAGGCUGUCUGGUGGGGUCCAGAGUCAACUGAAGGUGGCCAUCCUCGCUUUGCCUCCAGGGUGGUGGGUAGACAAGGAGUGCCUGGGAUGACUGGGUGGAUCAGACGCUGACUGCCACCAUCACCCCUUUCCUACCCACCUUGCUUCAGAAGCUGCUUGGGACCCCAUGCCAAAUCGGGGCCGGGUGAUCUCCCUGGACCUCAGCCAGCCAGUCACAUAGUCCAGGCCCUUGGGGGGUGAAGAAUAGGAGGGCAGAGUGGGCUGGGAAGACAGCCACGCUCUUUCCUUGCUUUCACCCCCCACCCCCCACAAAGAAACAUCAAGAGUCCUCAGCCAACGAGGGGGCUAGGCUUCCAGAGCAGCACUCCUGUUUGUCCAGACUAGACCAGCAGUUCUCAACCUGUGGGUCACGACUGCGUAGUAGUUCUCAACCUUCCUAAUACAGUUCCUCGUGUUGUGGUGACCCCCAACCAUAAAAUUAUUUUUGUUGCUACUUUAUAACUGUAAUUUUGCUACUGUUAUGAAUCAUAAUGUAAAUAUCUGAUAUGCAGGAGGUAUUUUCAUUGUUAAAAAGGGGUCGUGACCCACAGGUUGAGAACCGCUGGUCUAGAGCUUUCUUUCCUGGCCAUACCCUCCUGUGCCUGACGUCCACAGCUGGGGUCAGCCUGAACUGGAGACAGACUUCUGAGCCUCUUUCAGAAGUAGAAAUUAUGUUGUCCCUUGCUACCCCAGACCAUGUCACUCACCUAAUGACUAGACUCUAGAACUGAAGUCGGGAGUUGCUGAGGGCCCCUGUCUGGGGAAGUUUACUGUAAAGUAGGCUUCUGCACGGAGAGGUGCCUGGGGCCCACGGCCAGGGAACUCUACCGCCUGUCCCAGACCCCAGCUCCACAAGAGUACAGCCCAGCUAAAGAACAAAGCUUCCCGUGGAACUGGUGCUGUCCCCUGGGGGUGCCCCAAGCCCACCCAUCUACCAUGGGUGGCUGUUGAUUGUCCUUAGUCACUAUGGGGCUUUGGUCCACAUCCUGAGCCACCAACUACAGCCAGUCUUUUUUUAUACAUGCAGAAAAGAUUUUUUACGUGACCUUUCUCACAAUUUCUAGGUAUUUUUUAUAACCCCUGUGCUGAGGAGAAAGAAGGGGGCAAUGGCUUCCCCCAGCAGCAGCCCCAUGACAGCUGGAUCUGAAAUCCUAGAUGGAUCCAGCUUGAUGUCUGUGCAGUUGCACAUGUGGGAAGAAGUAUUCCUCUUCCUUCUCUUCCAGCUUUUUAAAAAUAGCCCUCAGAGGAUCAGUGUACCUACAUUGUACUUAGAGGACUCCCUUCUGUCCUCCACCCAGGCCUAAGAGACAUCUUUGGACUUUUCUUUCAUUAAGGUCUUGAAGUGAGGCUGCACCCCAUGCGCCCAGUUCUCUCCCCAACCCCUCAGCCCACCAGGGACUCACUCUUCAACCCAACAGAGGAAGAAGGAAGGUAGACGUGUGCUUGGACACUGGUUGGACUGCCCAUCAGCCGAGUCCCCGGCCUGCCAUGGGAGUGUCCACUAAGCCUUCCUCACAGUCAAGUCUAUUUUUUUUUUUUUUUGAGCCAAAGCGAGUAUUGUUCUCAAUUUUGUAUCCAGUGUAAUAAGAGCAACCAGUUAUCAAGAAGCCUUCUCUAUCUGGGGCCCGUCACUAACACAGUACUUUUUCAUUUAGUCUUCACAACAAGCCUGUAAGGGAUGCUGUUAAUUGUUCCCAGUUUGUAGAUGAAGAAUCUUGAUUCUCAGGAAAGUGAAGUGACUUGCCCAAGGUCACUCAGAGUGGUAGAGUUGAGAUUCAAACCCACAUGUGCCUCUGAAGCCUGUUUCCUGAGUUGGGGUAUGGUGUUUCCCUAAAGGUGGAGAGGAAAACCAGGAUGUCCCAUUCCCCUCUGAUCUCCAGACCUAGUGGGGCAUGAGCCAGUGAGGCCAGCCAGGUUCUGUGUCCUGUUGGGAGGCAGUGCUCCCACACCCCUGUAGGAGAGAAGGCACCUGAGCCCUGCUGUGUGCCUCCAUCCUCUUGUCAGGCAUGGGAUCCUAUGCCUUGAGCCUCCCACCCCAGCCUGCCCUUCUGCUGCUGUUGCUCAGGGAGGAACUAGGGACAACUCCACAUCAAUCAUGUAAGGCUCUGAUUGCUUGGGUUUUCUGAAUCUUCCUCUGAUGCCUCUGCCUGGUCCCCAUCAUCCCUCAAGGCUCAUGGUGGGACAGAGCCCCCGGCUGCCCUCUUGUCACCCCUCUGCCACUUCCUUCCUCUGUCCUUAACAUGUGCUAUAAUAAAACUAAAGAGACUAG